AUGCCCCUCCGACCCUUUCCACACCCCUUCCGCGUCGGCACAGACAUCUGUCACAUCCCACGCAUCCGCCAACUCAUCCUACGCGAAACGCUCCGCGCCCCCGACGCCCCUCCCACACCGACCCCCUUCUUCCGCCUCCUCAACCACAUCCUCACCGCGCCUGAGCAGCGCCAGUUCUGGCGCAGAUGGAAGUGCUCAGAUGACAUCUACACGGGCAACAACAAGAAUGUGAGGAUUGGGGAGGUCGCGAAAUGGUUGGCGGGACGGUGGGCGGCGAAGGAGGCGGUUGUUAAGGCGUGCGGGCCUGCGAGGGUCGGAUUUGGGAGGGUGCUGGUUAUGGGGAGGGAGACGGGGGAGCCGUUUGCGGUGGUGUGUGAUAAGUAUGUCUGGAAAGAGCCGCUGGAGGAUUGGGUGAGGCGGUUUGGGGGGAAGGGGAUGCCUGGAGAGUUGAAGAUAGCGGAGGGAGAAGGGUUUGGGGGUGCAGAGGAGGGAGAGGUCCUGGAGCAGUUUUUCAAGAGUGGGUUGGACAGGGCACCGCGCUCGUCGAGUAGAGGGGGCAAGCCGGGACCUAACGGGUCGCGUCAAGACGAAUUCAGUUCCGAUACCAGACAAGGCGGGGAGCAGACGCACGAUACGCGACCGAAGGCGCACCUCACUAUGCAGGAUGUCGACUUUGAUGAGCUUCACGGCCAAAUCGCCAGGCUCAGCAUUAGUCAUGAUGGCGAAUAUGCAACUGCGGUCUGCAUAGCAGCUAUUGAGCCGGCUCAGGGUGACGUGGGCGGCGAGGCUGCGGCUCGAGAAGGAGAAAUACUCUGA